AUGGCCUUCAAGCGACUGGUCCGUUUCGCCAUAGGAGAUCGGAUCCACUUCGGGGAUCUACUCAGCGCCAAUGGUGGCACAUAUGAAGUCAGACGAUUGACUGGUGACCCUUUCACUAAGCUGCUGGCCACUGAGGAGAUUGUCCAAGUUGAUGAACUACUCUGCCCCAUUGAUCGUACUCCGCUCAUCAUCCUUGUGGGCUUGAAUUACCAGAGUCACGUAAACGAAGCCAAGCUGAAUGUUCCGAAAUAUCCUCCUAUCUUUGUCAAGCCGGCCGAUGCGCUGGCUGGUCCUUUUGAUACAAUUGAAAUUCACCCCGACGCUCGUGGAAUGCUCGACUACGAAGGCGAGUUGACUGUCGUUGUGGGCCGAGAUGCGAAGAAUAUUUCCGAGACUGAGGCAUUGGAGUAUGUCCUGGGUUAUACGGCCGGAAAUGACCUGUCUGCGCGGAAUUUCCAGCUCCCCGAGGCGUCUGGGAUGCAAUUUGGCUAUUCCAAAUCCUUCGAUCAUUUUGGACCUAUUGGACAUACCAUUGUUGCGGCCAGCGAGAUUCCCGAUCCCCAGGAUCUCCGUCUAGUUACCCGGGUCAACGGGCAGGUCAAGCAGCAGACCAGUACAAGUGACAUGAUCUGGAGUGUCCGGCAAAUUGUCAGCCACCUCUCACGGGGAAUGACUCUUCGCAAGGGAACCGUAAUCAUGACUGGCACACCAGCUGGCGUGGGAUUUUUCAAUCGGGAAUUUUUGAAGGCUGGGGACGUGGUGGAGGUGGAGAUCGAAGGUGUGGCGUCCGUCAAAAAUGAAAUCCGAUAUCCUUGAUAUCGCUGUGGGUUCAAUAUUGCGUACUAUCUACAAUUUG